AUUUGCAACGAUUGCCUAUAAGUGUCGCAACAGUCGUAUGGAUUGUAAUGCAGUGAUUGGUUGACAUUUUGUGUGACAUUGACUUCCAUUGACUUUGCAUUCAAUUGAUAUUAAAGCCGACAUUCACUCUAACUCUCACUCAAAACGUGUCCUAAAACUAGACUUUCGUUGACUUAUUUGACGUCCGAUUGUAAUCACAAUUAAUUUAUAAGACUUGAAACUCGUGUCGAUCUCGUGAUUGAAAGACUUAGUAAUUGUAAUCAAUGGCUAAACAAGUGACUCAAGACAGCUGUGCUUACGGUUCGGGCAAAUACUUUGCUCUCUGUAGUGUCGGUGGUGUCUUGUCAUGUGGUGUAACCCAUACAGCAUUGACACCUCUAGAUCUGGUCAAAUGUCGUAUUCAAGUAAAUCCUGCAAAAUAUAAGGGAAUCUUCAAUGGAUUCAAUGUUACCUUAAAAGAAGAGGGUGUUAGAGGAUUGGGCAGAGGGUGGGCGCCCACUGCUAUAGGAUAUUCUCUUCAAGGUUUAGGAAAGUUUGGCUUAUAUGAAGUCUUUAAGAAGGUUUACGCCGAUGCUUUGGGUGAAGAAAAGUCUUAUUUAUGGCGAACGUCGUUAUAUUUGGCGGCCAGUGCUUCGGCAGAGUUUUUUGCUGACAUAGCUUUGUGUCCAAUGGAGGCGUGCAAAGUGCGGAUACAGACCCAACCGGGAUGUUCACCACUUUUGCGAACUGUUGCGCCACAAAUCUGGCGAAAUGAGGGCUUCUCCGGCUUUUAUAAGGGUAUUUCCCCUCUUUGGAUGCGACAGAUUCCGUACACUAUGAUGAAGUUUGCUUGCUUUGAACGCACCGUUGAGUUGCUUUACCAACAUGUCGUUCCCAAACCACGUGAAGAAUGCAAUAAAGCGGAACAAUUGACUGUUACUUUUACCGCUGGAUAUAUCGCCGGUGUCUUCUGUGCCAUUGUGUCACAUCCCGCCGACACUGUUGUAUCUAAACUAAAUCAAGACAGAGGAAGCACUGCUGGUCAGGUGCUUAAAAAACUAGGAUUUGGCGGUAUAUGGAAGGGAUUAGUUCCCAGAAUUAUAAUGAUUGGUACACUAACUGGUCUUCAAUGGUUUAUCUACGACGCUGUUAAAGUAUGGCUUAGUUUGCCGCGUCCGCCGCCACCACAAAUGCCCGAAAGUCUUAAGAAAAAGUUGGCCGAAAAGCAACAAUAAUAGAAACUAUUUUAAUUAUAGUGAUUCAAUAUAAUUGUUAUUUUAAGACUAAUGAAACUAAAUUAAUGAAUUUUUUUAAUUAGUCUAAAAUAAUGCAAAAUUUAUUUAAAUUUUUAGUCCAUAAUAA